AUGGAUUCAUUCAUUUUCAACCAAAAUUUGCCCAACAAGUACCCUGAAAAUUUUCCAGACCAUAUAAGUGAUGACACGGAGAGCUCUCCUGGUGUACUUGACCGUGAUGGACGCGUUCAGACACUUGAGAAUUACCUUGUCCCGGGACCAUUCUUUGACAACUUCUCGAAUUAUAGCAACUCUCCCGGCUACUCCCCUGUGACAUUCUCAGCCGCCGCCAGCGUUUCUGGGGUCGCGCCGCCGGCCAACAACCAAGAGGAUGUUCCGGGUGGGGACUUGACACCGGCUGGAUCUGCAUUGCUACAAAGUCAGCAAUGGCAACCAACGGGAAUCGUGGACCCAGGGCCCUCGCAGGUGCCGUUAGAGUCUUCGAAUGCCUACUUAGACAAUCUCGUGGAAUUCCUUCUAAUCAAGACUGCGUUCGAGUCAAUAAGAGGAUUGACUCAAGACAUCUUGCCUCGACUUGAUGACGAAGUCUCUUUGGGGAGCCUGAAGACUUUUCUGCAAGGCACGUUUUCGGCACUUGAUGCCUCGAUUCAAGGAAGACUUGACCAAAUCGCUCCCACUCGGCCGGUCACAAGAGAUAGAUAUCGCUGCAAACUUUGUGACACUCGCGCAGGAGCACGAGUAUAUCGGACUCUCGGCACUUUCAAGAGGCAUGUAAGCCACACGCACAGGGCUGAACAUAUCUAUCUUUGCCCUUUCAACCCAUGUACCUUCAAUAAAUCGACUAGAAGGGACAAGUUUGGCCAACAUUUGCCUCAGACACACAACUUUAGAGCAUGGGACAAGAAGUUCCUCGAUGGAUGCCGGAAACCCUGCCCAUCUCCUGCUUCAUGUGAUAUAUGUCACGCAGGAGUGAGCAGCUGGAAGAAGUGGUUUAAAUGUGUUGCAAAUCAUUGUCGGUUGCCAAUUGGAGCAUAUACGGCCACCAGUAUAAGCCUGAGCAGAAGAGGUAGUGGCAGCAGCGGCGGAGAUGGGUCUGAAUCCGGCGAUCAACAGCCAUAUGGAGGUAACGGGUUCAACGGUGUCGCGCCUGCAUUCGGAGGUAAUCACAUGGGUGGAAAUGAGAGUAUUUACUUCAACGUCGGCCAACAAUUUGGUUAUUAUCAUGCCAGUCAUUCUCAAAACAAGGUGCAAGCUCCACCUGGAUGUGAGCCGUUGCAUGGUGCUGAUCUGCCCGCCGAUUCUCAUUUCGACUCGGCGUCAACUACUGGAUCAGAAACAACAGACAGUCAGCUAUCAGUCUUUCGUGCUACGGAUCUCCGAAAACAUCACUUCGGCCUGGUUUCAACAUUGGAGCACUGUCCUUCAGCACUGGACAACUCCCGUGACUUGACACUGCAGCAGAAAAAUUCUGAGCAGUCAUCUGACCAUUCCAACCGGAAGGAUAUCAAGCGCAUACUGCCCACACCGAGGGAUCGCAAUCUCCAGAAUGACUCGCCUCGAGAUCUGGAAAGGUCGUUCAAAGUAAACCUCUCCGUCAACACCCUUUCCCGGAAAAGCGGGAAACUGGCCAUUGACCAGUUGUUCAAAUUGAAAACAACCAUCGCGAAUGCCCAGAAUGCUCAGAAUGCGCAGAAUACCCAGACUGAGAUCCAAAGACGUCAAAUGGACAGUUCCACGGCCUCCGAAGUGAUAUUGGAUUAUCCUGAUUCUUCUGAGAUAAUCUUCGAUGUUCCAAUUGUCGAGACGGAAGAGCCUUCAACCCUCUGGGAUUCGCUCCAGAGCAACGCUAGAUUCAUCAAAAAUCUCGUUUCAUUAGCACGCAAACACUGCCAACUUGAAGCAUAUGAUCUUCAGUCUUUUGAUACACUUUUAGGUGAUAUCUUGCCGAGAUUGCUAGACAGUUGGAACAACCCCGUUCGUACCAUUACGCCAUAA